UUUUUUUAAAAUAAAGCCUGAGUGCUUCCGGUUGGGCUGGUGGAAUGACGCGGUGGUUCCGGUGUUUUGGAUAACGCUCCUGUGGUGGAGUCUUGGUCCUGCUGCCGUUUAACGAGCACACUCACGGACACGGAAGAGUGAGGCUGCCACCACCACCUGUCAGCUGACUUGCUGAGCACGCUCAGUAGGAGGGGUACCCUCCACAAAACUCUGAUUAACACAGUAAGUCUAACUUGGACCGCCAUCAUGGUGCUCGCCGACCUGGGGAGGAAGAUCACCUCGGCGCUGAGGUCACUCAGCAACGCCACCAUCAUCAAUGAAGAGGUGCUGAACGCCAUGCUGAAGGAGGUGUGCGCUGCUCUGCUGGAGGCCGACGUCAACAUCAAGCUGGUCAAACAGCUGAGAGAGAACGUCAAGUCUGCCAUAGACCUGGAGGAGAUGGCAUCGGGUCUGAACAAGAGGAGGAUGAUCCAGCACGCCGUCUUCAAGGAGCUCGUCAAGCUGGUGGACCCCGGCGUGAAGGCGUGGACCCCCACUAAAGGCAAGAACAACGUCAUCAUGUUUGUCGGUCUGCAGGGCAGCGGAAAAACUACGACCUGCUCCAAGCUGGCGUAUUACUACCAGAGGAAAGGCUGGAAGACCUGCCUGAUCUGCGCCGACACUUUCAGAGCAGGUGCCUUCGAUCAGCUCAAACAGAAUGCCACCAAAGCCAGGAUCCCCUUCUACGGCAGUUACACAGAGAUGGACCCGGUGGUGAUCGCCUCAGAGGGCGUGGAGAAGUUCAAAGCAGAGAACUUUGAGAUCAUCAUCGUGGACACAAGCGGACGACACAAACAGGAGGACUCGCUGUUCGAGGAGAUGCUGCAGGUCUCCAACGCUGUGCAACCCGACAACAUCGUGUACGUGAUGGACGCCUCGAUCGGGCAGGCCUGCGAGUCCCAGGCCAAAGCCUUCAAAGACAAAGUGGACGUGGCGUCGGUCAUCGUCACCAAACUGGACGGGCACGCCAAAGGAGGAGGAGCUCUGAGCGCUGUGGCGGCCACACGCAGUCCCAUCAUCUUCAUCGGAACGGGCGAGCACAUCGACGACUUCGAGCCAUUUAAGACGCAGCCGUUCAUCAGCAAGCUGCUCGGAAUGGGCGACAUCGAGGGCCUGAUCGACCGAGUGAAUGAGCUGAAGCUGGAUGACAACGAGGAGCUGAUCGACAAGCUGAAACACGGCCAGUUCACCCUCAGAGACAUGUACGAGCAGUUCCAGAACAUCAUGAAGAUGGGCCCCUUUGGACAGAUCAUGGGUAUGAUUCCAGGCUUCGGGACAGACUUCAUGAGUAAAGGCAACGAGCAGGAGUCGAUGGCUCGACUGAAGAAACUGAUGACCAUCAUGGACAGCAUGAACGACCAGGAGCUGGACAGCAAAGAUGGAGCGAAGCUCUUUAGCAAGCAGCCCAACAGGAUCCAGAGGGUGGCCCGGGGGUCAGGGGUCGCCACCAGAGACGUCCAGGAACUCCUCACCCAGUACACCAAGUUCGCCCAGAUGGUCAAGAAGAUGGGAGGCAUCAAAGGACUCUUCAAAGGAGGAGACAUGUCCAAGAACGUGAACCCGUCUCAGAUGGCCAAACUGAACCAGCAGAUGGCCAAAAUGAUGGACCCCAGAGUCCUGCACCACAUGGGCGGGAUGGCGGGUCUCCAGUCGAUGAUGCGUCAGUUUCAGCAGGGCGCCGCGGGCAACAUGAAAGGCAUGAUGGGAUUCAACAACAUGUGACCACCAACCAAUCUGCUGCCUUAACUACAGGCUCCGCCUCCAGACAGUCGGAGGGGUGGGGCUUAGAGUUACCUGUUCUCUGCUGCUUUCAAAGAGAGGGGGAGAGGAUGUUUCAUUAAUUUAAAUGUGUAGGAUGAAAAUGGAGUGUCCUGAUUGGACGAGCUGAUGAUGAUGAUGAAGAUUAGUGAUGUAUUUUUGGCGUUUAAUAAACGUUUGUAUUUACACCAUUUUA